UCUGGGAAACGGAACAGCUCUGAGCCGGCUCUCAGCCCCGGCAGAGGCCGGCUGGUGGGGAUUGUCAGGGAGAAGAGCGGCUGAGGUCGGGCUUGUGCUGGAUGCCGCCGCCGCCGCCGCCGUCUCCUCCUGCUAGGAGCCGCGCAGCGCCCCCAGGUCGGCUCACCUCCCUGCGCACGCCCCUCUCUAGGCGACCCGCACGCGCCAGAGUUCCGUAGAGCGAGCUGGAGGACUAGGCUGGGGCUGUCGGAAUCCUGGGUAGGAUCUUGAGACACCAGGACAGAUACAUCUUUCAGCAAUCGAUGGCACUUUGCACUAGAGAAGUCCAGGAAUGACAUGCUUUGGCCUGUAUAUUUUUCAUCCUGGAAUUCAUCCAGUUCAAUGCACAAACACUGACUCUGUUUACUGGGACCUACCCUCAGUGAAAGUCUGAUGGAAAGACCGUUUCCGGUGACUUUUUGGCUUUUUUCUUCAUGUGAAAGUUGGAAGAGAAGUGAAAGGACGCCAAAAUCAUCUGCAUUGGUGGAUAACUUGGUUCCCAGAACAUGGGCCCUCGUUUAAAGCUGCAGCUGUGAUCCUCGGCUGUCUUUUGGCACUGAAGGGACCUGAUGUUUUACGUUAUUGGUGGAAUCACAGUGUCUGUGGUUGCAUUCUUCUUCACAAUUAAGUUCCUCUUUGAGCUUGCCGCACGUGUAGUCAGCUUCCUUCAGAAUGAGGACCGUGAGCGCCGAGGGGACCGGACUAUUUAUGACUACGUGCGGGGAAAUUACCUGGAUCCCCGGUCCUGCAAAGUGUCUUGGGAUUGGAAGGACCCCUAUGAGGUGGGCCACAGCAUGGCCUUCCGAGUGCAUUUAUUCUAUAAGAACGGACAGCCUUUCCCUGCACACCGGCCUGUGGGACUGCGAGUUCACAUCUCUCAUGUUGAACUAGCAGUAGAAAUUCCAGUAACCCAGGAAGUCCUUCAGGAGCCCAAUUCCAACGUUGUAAAGGUGGCCUUCACUGUGCGCAGGGCUGGCCGUUAUGAGAUUACAGUGAAACUUGGUGGAUUAAAUGUGGCCUAUAGUCCCUACUACAAAAUCUUUCAGCCUGGAAUGGUGGUUCCUUCCAAAACCAAAAUUGUGUGCCAUUUUUCUACUCUUGUGUUGACCUGUGGGCAGCCACACACCCUUCAAAUAGUGCCCCGAGAUGAAUAUGACAACCCUACCAACAAUUCCACCUCUUUGAGAGAUGAGCAUAAUUAUGGUGUGUCCAUUCAUGAGCUUGGCCCUCAAGAGGAAGAGAGUAGUGAAGUCUCAUUUGAGAAGUCAGUGACAUCCAACAGACAGACUUGCCAGGUGUUCCUGCGGCUCACCCUGCAUUCUCUCGGUUGCUUCCAUGCCUGUAUUUCAUACCAAAAGCAACCCAUCCAUAAUGGUGAAUUUGACAUUAUUGUCCUCAGUGAGAAUGAGAAGAAUAUUGUUGAACGCAAUGUGUCCACCUCAGGAGUGAGCAUUUAUUUUGAGGCUUACCUUUAUAAUGCUACUAACUGUAACAGCACACCGUGGCACCUUCCACCUAUGCACAUGAGCUCUUCCCAGCGCCGGCCCUCCACUGCUAUUGAGGAGGAAGAUGAAGAUUCCCCCUCAGAGUGCCACACCCCUGAGAAGGUGAAGAAGCCGAAGAAGGUGUACUGCUAUGUGUCACCAAAGCAAUUCUCAGUGAAGGAGUUCUACUUGAAGAUCAUUCCUUGGCGCCUUUACACCUUCCGAGUAUGUCCAGGGACAAAAUUUUCAUACCUUGGCCCUGACCCUGUUCAUAAGCUCCUCACUUUGGUGGUGGAUGAUGGCAUUCAGCCUCCUGUGGAGCUCAGCUGUAAGGAGAGGAACAUUCUAGCAGCCACUUUCAUCCGAUCCCUGCACAAGAACAUUGGAGGCUCUGAGACCUUUCAGGACAAGGUGAACUUUUUUCAACGAGAGCUUCGGCAGGUGCAUAUGAAGAGACCACAUUCCAAAGUCACCCUGAAGGUCAGCAGACACGCCUUACUGGAGUCGUCUCUGAAGGCCACUCGGAAUUUCUCCAUCUCAGAUUGGAGCAAGAACUUUGAAGUGAUUUUCCAGAAUGAAGAAGCUUUGGACUGGGGAGGGCCUCGGCGGGAAUGGUUUGAGCUCAUCUGCAAAGCGCUGUUUGAUACCACCAGUCAGCUCUUCACCCGGUUCAGUGACAACAACCAAGCACUAGUGCAUCCUAACCCUAACCGUCCAGCUCAUUUGCGCCUGAAGAUGUAUGAAUUUGCAGGGCGGCUGGUGGGCAAAUGUCUCUAUGAGUCCUCUCUAGGAGGAGCCUACAAGCAGCUGGUCCGCGCUCGUUUCACCCGUUCUUUCCUUGCCCAAAUCAUAGGACUACGUAUGCAUUACAAGUACUUCGAAACGGAUGACCCCGAAUUCUACAAAUCCAAAGUUUGUUUUAUCCUCAACAAUGACAUGAGUGAGAUGGAGCUGGUCUUUGCAGAAGAGAAAUAUAACAAAUCAGGUCAGCUGGAUAAGGUUGUAGAACUCAUGACAGGUGGAGCUCAAACCCCAGUCACCAAUGCGAAUAAAAUCUUCUAUUUAAACUUGCUGGCCCAGUAUCGGCUGGCCAGUCAAGUGAAAGAGGAGGUGGAACAUUUCCUAAAAGGCUUGAAUGAGUUAGUCCCUGAGAACCUUUUGGCUAUAUUUGAUGAAAAUGAACUUGAGCUGCUGAUGUGUGGGACUGGAGACAUCAGUGUGUCUGACUUCAAAGCCCAUGCGGUGGUUGUUGGUGGCUCAUGGCAUUUCAGAGAAAAGGUCAUGAGGUGGUUUUGGACUGUGGUUUCCAGUUUGACCCAAGAGGAGCUGGCUCGACUACUUCAGUUCACCACAGGUUCCUCUCAGCUGCCACCUGGAGGUUUUGCUGCCCUCUGUCCCUCAUUUCAGAUUAUUGCUGCUCCGACCCACAGCACCCUUCCUACUGCACACACAUGUUUUAACCAGCUGUGCCUCCCUACGUAUGACUCAUAUGAAGAGGUGCACAGGAUGCUGCAGCUGGCCAUCAGUGAGGGCUGUGAGGGCUUUGGCAUGCUCUGACCACUGUCAUCUGCUUGGCUCCCAUGCUCUCUGGAGCAUCUGGGCACAUGCUCACAGGUGUGUCACCUGACCAUGACACACACAACCAUCAGCCAGAAGAUACCGCAUGCUUCCCUGUGUCUGCAGUAUUCUUUCACCCACAGCAUUGUCCUUACCUGCUCCUCUGUGCCCAUAUCUACCACAGGCCAUUUUGGCACAUGGUACCUAAUCUUUCUCCACUCAGUCAUGCACAGAGGACCGUGCUGCUAUCAUUUCACUUGGUCCUUUGAAGAUCUUGGUAGCUGGAUCUGCCUCAGUGGCUGAGGGAGAUGAUAGGCAGGGCUUGGCCCUGUUGGGAAGCUGGCCUGUUGAGACCCUUAGACCAUGCCUAGUUCCCACACCCUCUGCUGACACUCCUUGGAGGCACCCUCUUUUCCUUCUCUACUUGACCGGACCUGCACGUGAUCUCUUCUGAGCAACUGAUCACCUCUUCUUGUCAGCAGCAGGAGAAGCACAGGGAGAGGUCAGCCCGCACAGCAAUCUGGUUUUGUCCUCCCACAUAGUGGCAGGUAUAGGCCAUGGCUCUGUACCUCUCGUGAACACUGAUAGCACAAAAGGAUCUCUUGGUUGUGUCAGAGUUGGAAAAGGCACUUUCUCUGAUGGCAUUUCUGGAAAUGACCAUUAAUCUAUGAAGAACUCUCUUCGCCUUUUUUCUUGAAUUUGAGCCAGUGAGAAAUGUACUCAGACAGAAGAAUGUGAAAGACACGUGGGCUGUAGAUGGUGACUCUCCUGUGGAUGAGGGGCAUGUCCAGCACAUGAUGGCUUGAAGACUACUGAUGCUUUCUUCUGAGCUUGUUUUUGGCACUGAUGUGUGACAGGGCCUGACCACUGACCUCCAGCAAAGGACAGGGCAGUAAAAAUAACAUGCCCCAAAUUCCUUAUUCUGUCUUUGCUUGGUGGUCUCUGGUACCACUGAGGCAAAGGAACAAAUGGUCUCAGGUUCUUGGGGUCAGGCCACUGGGGAUUGACAUGGAGGAGAUAUGUUAGGUAGUAAGCCUAUAAUCCAGGUACUUCAUUCCCUGUGUCAGUUACUAAGAAGGGGAACCAGGGAGGAAGGAUGCUAGGUUAGGUUCACUGUCAAGUGAUGAUUGAAGAGAACCUGCCACUCUCUUGGAAGAUAACAUCACUUUUCAUUACUGUUUGAAAUAACUUUAAGGCUCAAGAUCAUAUAGACUUCCCAAAUUUCUAUCUUUAAGAAGGCUUGCUACAAGCCACCAUUCCCAUUGGGGCACUCAACUCAGAGUAUUACAAGCCAUCUUUAUUGCCAAAACCAGCAAGUACGCAGAAUCCCGAAACAAGGCAGGACUUGUGGCAAUGCCUUGACUUCCUGGAAACAUGUCUGAGCCCUUCUCGUCCCAGGGAUCGUGAGAAACAAGCCCUCCUGAGCUGCUAAAAUUCCUGCCUGACCUCAUGUCUUUGCAGUCAUUUGUCCUCUCUUGGCGUGGAUGCUGACCUCACUUAUCCUUGGGGUCUUGGGAUUUGGCAUCAGGGCCUCUAUACCCCAGGAUCCUCCAUGCCACAUGGUCACUGCUUUCCUCAGGGACCAGGACAAGGUGCUGCUGCUUGCCCACAUUUUCCCAUGGAAUAUGUACAGGAUAGUUUAGUCAUCACCCUGCUGCCCCUCAGGUCCACACUGGGGCUUCUAGCUGGGGCACAUGGGCUAUUUGGGGCAAUUGUUCCUGUUCUGGAUUCUCCCCUCCAGCAGCCCUCUGAAGACCACUCUAGGGGUUGAGUUGAUCUUGGCUAGGUCUGUCAUUUUCAGCUAGUCAUAGCACUUUCUCAGAGUACCCUAGGCACUGUUACAGUCCAGCUGGAGCAUCUGUAUCCCUGGCUGGUCUUUAGACAGCAUCUUUAACAAAACCAUUUGGUACUGUUGUGAUUUCCUAUUUUUCCCGUUUACUCCCUCACUCCUCUCUCUCCUAAUUAUUCACAAGUAUUUUUUUUUUUUUUUUUGGCCUUUUACCUAUUUUUCUAAUACUGCUUUGGUACUAGCCAGUGUGCAGAAAAGGUUCAAUAUGUUGGAGAGAUGGUAUGUUAUUUCUUGGGCAAUUUUCUAUUCAUGUUUCUUAUUUGGCCAGUUGUUUUAUUUAUACCCUUGUGACCUAGGUACUUGGGAAGUACUUCUGGCCUUUCAGAGUCCUCGAAGGAGGCUAGGCAGUAGAUGAACACUGAGGAGGGUAUUGGCAUGAUUCCAGAGACUUGGCAGAGACCAAGCUUUUAUUUAUCAGGACGGGUGAAAAGCCCAGACAUCUGUGGGUGGUGGUGUAAAUAUUUUGUAUAGUAAAUAAAUGUGCAAAAGAAGAACUAAGGAUAAAUGAGUGUUUUUUGGGUGAAGACUCAGCUUAAAUUGAAGGUGGGGAAAGAAAAUGUUUAAUGGUGUCAUUAUAUUUCCUUGGUAAUUCUGAAGGCAGUACGUAGUCUGCUCAGGGAAGAGUGUAUACCUGGAGUUGUGACCUGUCCCUAAUCUCCAUCUGCAGGGCCAGGCAGGGCUCCCCUGCUCCUGAUAGACAGCUGUUCUGUAGGACAAGUGUUUGUGCUCAUAACCAGAAAAAGAAAUGAACAAAAAAGAAAUAUUACCAAUCUUUGAAUAUUAAUUUUUUUAAUAUUAAUGUUUUGGUAAGCUCUUCAGUAUAGAAAAUUUAGAAAUAAGUACAAAGAAGCUGGGUGUGUUGGUAUGUCAGCCUGAGCAACACAGUGAAACCCUGCCUUUGUCAAAAUAUGAGGGGAAAAAAAAAAACUGCUUAAAAUGGCAAACAAUAACAACAGAGAGGGAAAUGUGUAAGGGAAAGUAACCUUUCCAGGGAAAACCACUGUUAACACUUGGACACAUGGCCUUUUGGUUUUCAUAUAUAAGUAUGUAUUUAUUUCUUUUCUUUUUUCAGGGUAGGGUCUUACUCUGUCUAGCCUAGGCUGACCUAGCCUAAAACUCAGUGAUCCUCCUAUGUCAGCCUUUUGAGUGCUGGAAUUAAAGGUGUGUGCCACCAUGGCCAGCAAUUGUGUAUUUAUUUCUGGCUCCCCAUUCUAUUCACUUGUGACCUCAUACUUGAUUUUUAGAAGUCUUCUUAGACUAUCUUUGCCCCAUGAAAAUCUGGUCCAGAUUAGUGGUGCUGGAUGUGCGUUCAUCAUAUUGGAAGACUAUAAGGUUUUGGGUAAAGAUCCUGAACUGGAUACUACUUUGUAUUUGUGCCCUGAGCAGGUUUUCUAGUUUCAUGGCAUGACCUAACAUGAUUGUUAUUCUCUGGUA